GAGAAACCUCCCACCCACUCUCUCUCUCUCUCUCUCUCUUCCGUUUUAACUCUCUCUAUCAGCACCUUGCAGUAGAGAGAGAAAACACAGCGCGUCUGACAGUUCACGCAGAUAGAGUGUGAUUCACAUAGAAAGAGUGAGCAUUUGUAAGCCAUUACUGCAUCUGGGAAAGAAAGCUAGACUGAUAGAUGAUCUCUCGCCUUCUCCACUGAUUUCGUCUCAAAAACCGUUCUAUCUCCUUGUUGUUUCUUUUUUGUUCUCUCUGUUUCAGUUCAGUAGAGAAAUUAAAGUGAGGAAUCGGAAGGGAUGGAGCUAAGUAAGGUGACUUUGGAGAUAUUCUCCAAACUUGAGCAGAAGUGGCUCUACCAGUGCGAAGGCAAGAAGACGCGAAUUCUCAGCAUUGAUGGAGGCGGAACCACCGGUGUUGUCACCGGAGCCGCCUUGAUGCACCUCGAGGACCAGAUCCGUGCUAAGACCGGAGACUCUCAGUCUCGCAUCGUUGAUUUCUUCGACAUCAUUGCCGGUACCGGAUUCGGAGCUCUCUUGGCCGCAAUGCUCACUGCCGACGACGGUAACGGCCGUCCUCUUUACACUGCUAGGGAGGCUGUCAAAUUCCUUGAGGAGAAACACUCCGAGCUGCUCAAGGCCAAGCAUGCCGGAGUUUUUGGCCGGCGGAGGAGGUUUUCUGGUAGGAGCAUUGAGAAGGCGUUGAAGGAGGCGCUGAGGAGAGAAGACGGUAAGGUGCUGACGUUGAGGGACACCUGCAAGCCUCUUUUGGUUCCUUGCUUUGAUCUGAAUAGCUCCGCGCCAUUUGUUUUCUCCAGAGCCGACGCGUUGGAGUCGCCGAGUUACGACUUCGAACUCUGGAAGGUGUGUCGUGCUACGUCAGCGACUCCGUCCAUGUUCAAGCCGUUUAAUCUAACUUCCGUCGACGGAAAAACCUCCUGCUUGGCCAUCGACGGAGGCCUGGUCAUGAACAAUCCCUCCGCCGCCGCCGUCACUCACGUACUGCAUAACAAACGUGACUUCCCCUCCGUUCACGGCGUCGAAGACCUCUUAGUACUUUCAUUAGGUAACGGCCCGUUAAACAACUCUUCUCACCUCAAACCCCGUCAAAGCCGUGACUGUUCAACGUCUUCAGUCGUCAACAUCGUCCUUGACGGAGUCUCCGAGACCGUCGAUCAAAUGCUCGGCAAUGCCUUCUGCUGGAAUCGUACGGACUACGUUAGGAUUCAGGCUAACGGUUUUCCGACGGGCGAAGUGGCGGCUAACGUGGAAGUUGUGUUGAAAGAGAGGGCCGUGGAAUCGCUGCCGUUUGGCGGGAAACGCUUGCUGAUGGAGACUAAUGGACAGAGAAUCGAAAGCUUAGUGCAACGACUCGUUGCUUCGGGAAAGAGCAGCCUACCACCAAGUCCUUGCAAGGAGACCGCCGUUACUACUCUUGCUAACAGCCGUUAGCUUUGUCUUUUCUUCCCCUCCCCUUUUUUUCAGUUAACCCUUGUUCUGUCAAAUAUCUAAAAUAAUAGUAACUAGUGAUCUGGUCACCAUUUUCUCU